AUGUUAUCAUCGCUUGGAUCGUACAUUUGGGGUAGCUCAAGCUAUGAGAGUCCACUUUCCGAAGUUACCUUCACCAUUAACGACAAAACGUACACAGCCAAAGCAGAAAGCGUGCCGCUGGGCACCUCGCUGAACGCCUUCAUCCGGAACCAUGCUCACCUGACCGGGACGAAGUUCAUGUGCCUGGAGGGAGGCUGCGGUGCGUGUAUUGUGAGCGUGUCCGGUGUGCAUCCCGUCACGAAGGACACCCGGACCUGGUCGGUGAACUCGUGUCUGUUUCCAGUGUUCGCUUGCCAUGGGCUGGACAUCAAGACCGUGGAGGCGCUGGGAAAUAAGCGGGACGGAUAUCACCCGGUGCAGGAGCGUUUGGCGCAGAUGAACGGUAGCCAGUGCGGAUUCUGCUCGCCCGGCAUGGUAAUGACCAUGUACAGUCUGAUGGAAGCGAAGAACGGUAACGUCUCGAUGACGGAGGUCGAAAAUGCGCUCGGUGGUAACAUCUGCCGUUGCACCGGGUACCGUCCGAUCCUCGAUGCGUUCAAGUCGCUCACAACGGAGGCCCCCAGCGACAUCAUGGACAUCGAGGAGCUGAAGGUGUGCCCGAAAACGGGCGCCGUAUGCUCGGGACCAUGCCCGAUCGCGGCUAGCCUAAUCGAACCCCAACGUCCGGUUCAGCUCGUGUUUGCGGAAAACCGCGAGUGGCAUAAGGUGUUCGCGUUGGACGAUGUGUUUGCGAUCUUCGACAAAAUCGGCACCCGGCCCUAUAUGCUGCUGGCUGGAAACACCGCCCACGGUGUUUACCGUCGGAACGAGUCACUGGAGGUGUUUAUCGAUGUAAAUUCCGUGGAGGAGCUGCGCAGCUACUACGUCAGUGCAAACGAACUGCUGGUCGGCGGAAACGUGAAUCUGGCCGAGUUUCUGGACCUCCUCAACAAGACAGCCAACAGUCGCCCGAGCUUCAACUAUUGUCGCGAGUUGGCACAGCAUCUCGAUCUGGUCGCUAGCCCUGCGAUCCGCAGUGUCGGAACGAUCGCUGGGAACUUGAUGAUAAAAAAUCAGCAUCCCGAGUUCCCGUCCGACGUGUACCUGAUGCUGGAAGCCGUCGGUGCCAAACUGAGCGUCGCCGAAUCGCGCAUCAAAACCGUUCAGAUGAGCGCCCAGCAGUUUCUCCAGACGAGUAUGGCCAAAAAGGUGCUGAAAAGCAUUUCGCUGCCACCGAUCGGAUCGACGGUGAACGCGUUUCGGUCGUACAAAAUAAUGCCUCGUGCCCAGAACGCGCCCGCCUACGUGAACGCUUGCAUCCUGUUGCGGUUCAAGAGCGACAAGACGACGGUGAAAUCGGCCUCCAUCUGCUUCGGUGGCAUCAGUCCCAAGUUUACACAUGCGACCCGAACGGAACAGUUCCUCGCCGGCAAGCGGCUGUUCGAUUCGGUGAUCUUUCGGGAAGCACUUGGGCAGCUGGCUGGCGAGCUGGAUCCGGACUGGGUUCUACCGGACGCUUCGGCCGAGUACCGGAAGAACUUGGCCAUCGCACUCUUCUACAAGGCUGUGUUGAGUGUGGCGGCAAAGCAUAACGUCACCCUCAACGCACGCUUCACGUCCGGUGCGACCAUUAUGAAGAGAGCCCUCUCAUCCGGUCAGCAAACGUUCGAGACGAUCGAGAAAAAUUGGCCACUCACGAAGAACAUCCCCAAGCUGGAGGGGCUAGUGCAAUCGUCUGGGGAGGCCAAGUACAUGAACGAUAUGGCACCGCUCCCCGGAGAACUGCACGCCGCGUUCGUCGUGGCAACCAAACCGCACAGCAUGAUCGGCAAGAUCGACCCAUCGGAAGCGCUGAAAGUUCCGGGCGUGGUUGCCUUCUACUCUGCGAAAGAUAUCCCCGGGAAGAACAACUUCAUGUCGAGCGAGAUGAACUUCUCCUUCCCGGACGUGGAAGAAGUGUUCUGCAGUGGCCGAGUGCUGUUCCACGGCCAACCGGUCGGUGUGAUCGUGGCGGAAAAUUCCCCCCUAGCGAACCGUGUCGCGAAGCUGGUUAAGAUACUGUACGAGCGCGUCUCAGGUGAUCCCGUCUAUCCGACCAUCAAGGCACUACUGCAGAGUCAACCGAAGGAACGCUUCGUGGACCAACCAACCAGGGUUGAAGUGACUGCGGCGAAGAAAAUCCGUGGACGCCUGGAACUCCAGGGGCAGUAUCACUUCACGAUGGAACCACAGACCUGCAUCUGUGUGCCGAUCGAGGACGACGGGAUGGAUGUGUACAGCUCGACGCAGUGGGUCGACCUGUGCCAGGUGGCCAUCGCUGCGAUGCUGAAGGUGCCGGAGAACAGUCUCAACUUUGUGGUGCGUCGCUUGGGCGGUGGAUACGGGGCGAAGCUGACGCGCGCCUCACAGAUUGCGUGCGCCUGUGCCCUGGCCGCGUAUCUUACGCGCCGUCCGGUCCGGUUCGUGAUGACCAUCGAGGCAAACAUGGGCUCGAUCGGAAAGCGGUACGGUUGCAUCAGCAACUACGAGGUGGACGUGGACGAGAAGGGCAAGAUUCUGCAGCUGACCAACAACUUCCUGCAGGACUACGGGUGUAAUCUGAACGAAAAUGUUGUUGACGAUGCCACGAUCGUUUUUGGGUUGUCGUACAACUCGGCCGCGUGGAAGGUGUUCGGUAGGCCGCUGGUGACCGAUGCGCCCGCCAACACCUGGACGCGCGCUCCCGCCAGCACCGAGGGUAUCGCGAUGGUCGAAACCAUUAUGGAGCACAUCGCCUGGGAGACGGGGGCCGAUCCGAUGGUGGUGCGUGCGCUCAACAUGAAGGGCGACAACAAGCUGCGCCAGCUGAUGCCCCUGUUCCGGCAGGAUAUUUCGUUCGACGGGCGACGGAAGUCGAUCGACGAGUUUAACGCAGCCAACCGCUGGCGGAAGCGAGGCAUUGCGAUGACCACGAUGCAGUUUCCGAUGGUCCCCUUCGGAGCCCUGCACGUCGUGGUGUCCAUCUACGCCAAGGAUGGGUCGGUCGCCAUCACGCACGGGGGAAUCGAGAUCGGACAGGGCAUCAACACCAAGGCGGCACAGGUGGCGGCGUACACUCUCGGCGUGCCACUGGAAAAGAUUGCGAUGAAGCCGAUGAGUAGCCUGACGUCUCCGAACGGGGCAAUGAGCGGUGGCAGUGGGACCAGCGAGGUGGUUUGUUACGCCGUUAAACGGGCGUGUGAGAUGCUCAACGCCCGCAUCAAACCAAUCCAGGCGGAGUUCAAGACGGCCUCGUGGGAUCAGAUCACCCAAAUCUGUUAUUCCAGGGACGUCGACUUGAGCGCCAUGUUUCAAUACAAACAGUCGGACCUCAAGGCGUACACAAUCCUGGGUGUGGCCAGCGCAGAAGUCGAAGUAGACAUUCUGACCGGAAACGUUCAGCUGCGCCGUGUCGACAUCCUUGAGGAUACGGGUGAAAGUAUCAGCCCCGGGGUGGACGUGGGCCAGAUCGAGGGUGCCUUCAUUAUGGGCAUUGGCUACUGGCUAUCCGAGGCGCUGGUGUACGAUAUGUCCAACGGUGCCCUGCUGACGAACCGCACCUGGAACUACAAACCGCCCGGUGCGAAGGACAUUCCCGUCGAUUUCCGUAUCCGAUUGCUACAGACCGGCGACAAUCAGUUCGGAGUUCUUCGGUCAAAGGCAACCGGAGAGCCGGCGUUGACGAUGAGCGUUGUGGCCCUGUUUGCUCUACGAAAUGCUUUGCGGUCGGCGCAAAAAGAUGCCGGACGCCCGGACGACUGGAUCCCGCUGGGGUCUGCUUCGACACCCGAUCAAGUCUUUUUCAAGGCCGGCACGGCGAUCGAUCAAUUUAAACUCAUCUAA